GGCGAACUUUUUUUUUUUUUUCCCAUGAACGCCAUACAGUAGCAUUGUGCUUGUUUCGGGUCUUAAGUUGGUGAUACCCGCAGUUUCAUUUUCUGCUUGAUAAGCAUUAAAAGUUAACUGUAGGACGCGCAGGAAGCCGCCACCAUGAGCACGCUGUGGAUGGGAAACCUGGACUCCUACAUGGACGAGAAGUUCAUCACCAGAGCGUUCUCCACUAUGGGGGAGCAGGUGGUCAACGUACGGAUCAUACGAAACAAGAUGACGGGGGGGGCGAUGGGCUACUGCUUUGUGGAGAUGAGCGACGAGGCCACAGCUGAGAGAUGUCUGCGCAAGAUCAACGGCAAAUCUUUGCCAGGAGCCAACCCGCCCACAAGAUUCAAGUUAAACCGGGCUACAUUUGGCAAACAAGAAGCAGGGCCCAUGUUUUCUCUGUUUGUGGGUGAUCUCACACCAGAGGUGGAUGAUGGGAUGCUCUACGAGUUCUUCUACAACCGCUACCCAUCCUGCCGCGGAGGAAAAGUGGUGCUCGACAGCAUGGGAAACUCAAAGGGCUGUGGCUUCGUCCAGUUUCCAGAUGAGCGGCUUCAGAAGCGAGCCUUAGAGGAGUGUCAGGGGGCCAUGGGACUCGGCAGCAAACCUCUACGAUUGAGCCUCGCUGCUAACAACUUAAGAAACAAGCAGCCGCAGCAGUCUGAGCAGAAGCAGACGUGGCCGUCCAGUUCAGGAUACAGCUACGACCAGUACAACCAGUACCAGAACCAGGCCUACCCUGGGUAUUACCCCUCAUGGGGAUAUGACCAAACUGCGGCCAUGUAUGGAUACAGCUACCCUCAGUAUGACUACUCGCAGUAUGCCACCCAACAGGAAAGCGAGGAGGUUCAGGAGGAGGAGCUGCUGGAAGAUCCAGGCCUGGUGCCGGAUGUGGUGGGAGCUAACGCGAAGUUCAUGGAGCUGAGCGAGGAGCUGUUCGACUCACUCAUUGAGUGCCAGUGGCAGUCUACAGAUUUCAUCGCACAGCAGGAAUACAUGACCUCCAGCCUGCCAGAGCCCAUCUACUGCUGACCUUUUCUGGUUGUAGCCACUCGUGUCGGUGAAAUGGUAUGAAAAAGAACUUUAGCAAAUCUUUUCUGACCUUCAUUCUUGUGCGUGAACACAAGUCUAGUGUCGUAACCGAUUGAUGAUCCAUAGAGAAGCGCAUAUCGAGUUGGAACGGAUCCUGAGCCACAAACUGGUCUGUUUUAUAUCCUAGAAAUGGACUUGACUACUUUUAGAUCUGUGAUGGAUCUGAAGCCUUGUUGGAGUGAUUUAUAAUAAAAACGUACCCAGCUGGAGAUUGGGUUCA